AUGGAAGACAAUAGAGCUGCGUGGCUCGUCGGCAAGAAAGUUGUUCCUUUAGAGGUCAAGCCGGCUCCACUAGAAGACCCCGACGACAACCAGGUGCUUGUGAAGAAUCACGCCAUUGCUGUCAACCCGAUUGAUGUUAAUGUGCAGUACAAUGCUCCAAGUUGGAUGGAAACCACUUACCCGCGCGUCCUUGGUGUCGAUGUCGCUGGGGAAGUCGUAGCUAUUGGGCCCAACGUUACACGAUUCAAGAAGGGCGAUCGCGUACUCGGCAAUGCAGUUGGGCAGUAUACGAAGCGUGCCACCGCCAAUGGCUUUAUGUCCUACACCAUCUUGCAAACAAACAUGGCAAGCCCAAUCCCAAGUCACAUCCCGUUCGAGGAAGCUGCAGUCAUCCCACUGUGCCUUUCGACCGCCGCCGCUGGCCUCUUCCAGAAGGACUUCAUGAGCCUGAAUCUGCCUACCGAGCCUCCUCGGCAGCCAAACGGGGAGACACUGCUCAUCUGGGGCGGUGCAACAAGCGUCGGCUGUAAUGCGAUUCAGCUCGCCAUCGCCGCCGGGUAUGAGGUAAUUACCACGGCGUCCCCGAAGAAUUUUGAGCUCAUGAAAAGACUGGGCGCGACUCAAGCCUUUGACUACAACAGCUCUACCGUCAUACCCGACCUCAUAGCGGCUUUCGAAGGUAGACACAGCGCUGGUACUCUGGAUUGUAUCGGUCCCGCUGAGAACGGCGCUGGAGCAGCUGUGUUGGAGGUCGUCAGCAAAGUCUCGGCGGGGUCCAAGUUCGUGGCGACUGUGAAGCCGCACCUUCAGAUCCCUGAUGGAGUUAGCACCAAGCAUGUUUACGCUCUAUCAAUCUACAAUAAUUUUGUGAGCAAGGGUGUUUACGAGGACUUUCUGCCUCGUGCCUUGGAAGUUGGCACCUUUGUUCCUGCACCGCCACCCCUGAUUGCUGGCAGAGGUUUGGAAAGCGUUCAGGUGGGCAUUGAUAUUCUGCGGAAAGGCGUGUCGGCUCAGAAGGUUGUGGUAUCCUUGUGA